GGAACAAAAAAUCUUCUUUCUUUCACCUUCUAUUCCUGUCAUUCCUCUUCCGACCGAGGUAGAUUUCCAAUUGGCCAACCAUGCAAACGGCAGCGCUGUCUGCCUCCCCGUGUGCCGUGCCACCAUCUUCGUCAUUGCCACCUUGAGGCUCUUGUAGUCGUGUUGAAAGCAUACGUGUCUUUGCUGCUUUCUAUUUCUUCACUGCAAUAGGAACUGCAAAACACCUCUAUUCCUACCAACAUCUCGUAAAAAAUUUCAUACCUGAAGCAGUUGACUGAAUACCUAUCCUUAAAAUACCGCAAUCAUGGCGGACAUGGUUAGUGUCUACAUGAGCACCCCUCCGAUCGCCAGGACGAUCGCGACGGCGGUGUUCCUCUGUUCUGUAGGAGUCUACACAGGCAUGCUAAAUGCCGAGCCCUUCAUCUUCCACUAUUCGCGGCUCAUCCAAUUCCCACCCGCUUUAUAUCUAAUCGUAACGAGUUUCCUUUUGACAGGACCUGGGAUGGCUGUGUUGUUUGAUACCUACUUCGUUUUCACAUAUCUGAGCCAGCUCGAGACGGGUAACUCAAAGUUCUCGAAGAAGGAGGACUUGAUAUGGUACCUCUUCUUCAUCGCUAGCAUUAUACUGCCUUUGAAUGCUCUCUUCACAGGUGGCUUCGUGUUACUACAAGCGCUGCUUAUCGCAUUGUGCUACACGGCGACACAGGAUCAGCGAGGGAUGAACGCACACUUCUACGUUAUCACUAUUCCCGCGCAACUUAUGCCUUAUUGCCUUCUGGUCGUACAGCUUCUUUUCCCGAACGGCUGGGAGAAUUUGAAGAUUGGAUUGACCGGCCUAGUCGCCGCUCAUCUCCACGACUUUCUCACUCGGAUAUACCCCGAGUUUGGACAUGGUCCAAAUCUAAUUCCCACGCCGCGGUUCCUUUCAUGGAUCAUGAGCACGCCUCGUGUCCAGAAUGCUGUUUACGGGCAGUCGGUUUCCCCCUCUACCGGUGGAGGAAGGACUGGUCCUCUGCCAGAUUCGUGGCGGAGUCAGGGACCUGGACGACGUCUGGGUUAGAUGCUACGGAUUUAGAUAGACCAAUAGUAGUUUGUCCAUAGGGAUGAGUCAAUACAAAGUACCUAAUAACCUAAUU